UUACGGCUAACUUUCCUAUCCGAACCACCCACUGUUAGACUUCCUGCCCGUUUGAGGAGUAUAUUUGUGGACUUUUCUCAUAACGGUCCUCCUCCUUUAUUUAUCUGUGCUGUAGGGUUAAGCCCUCAAUGUGUAUCCUGUCUAAAAGCUGCUGUUCGGCAGUUUGCUCACAUCGCAAGAAAGAGAGCUGAAAACUUGCAGGCCUGACACCAUCAUGUCUCAUCAACCCACCCAAAACCAACAUGAAGAGGCUUAUUUGUCGAUAACAAAAGGAUUGAGAGAGCUCGAUCUACGAGCGGCCGCUGUUCCCUGUGACCUGGUGCUGAUUGGAGACCAUGCCUUCCCUAUAGCGAUGAACAGCCAGGGCCAGGUCCUGAUGGCGGCCUCCUUUUAUGGCAAGGGUAGGAUUGUAGUGAUGGGUCAUGAAGGGUACCUGCAUUCCUUUCCCGAUGUAGUAAAAAACGCUGUGACCUGGCUGAGAGGUGAUGGCUCCAACAACCUCUCCGUCGGGGUGCACAAUAACCUCAAGGCAGUCGCUGACAACCUCCAAAAGUCUGGAUUCCAAGCAGGAGUUGUGGGGGGCUUCAGUGACAAACUGGGGGCCGGUGUGUAUGUGACGGAUGCGUACAGCGUGGGUAACAACCCGAAGGACCUGGUGGCAUUUAUGAGAGACGGUGGAGGAGUGCUGAUAGCGGGGCAGGCCUGGCACUGGGCCUCCGCGCACGGCAAAGACAAAACGCUGCAUCAUUUUGACGGGAAUAAGGUGGCUGGGGUUGCAGGGAUCUACUUCUCUGAUCAUGCAGCUGAGAAAGAGAACCUGCCUGUCUACCCACAGAUCCCCUCUUCCUGGAUGGCUGUAGUACUAGGUAAGGAUUUUGAGGACGACUUACGGUUCCUUCUGCAGGGGAUUUCAGAGUUUGACAUCCCAAAUGGAAUAACAGCUUCCGAGAUUCUGGUCCACGGCCCGCUGGCUUUUCCUAUCGGCUGCACAAACGAUAAACAGGCGUUCCUGGCAGGAGGCUACUACGGACAGGGACGAGUCAUUGUGGCUUCACAUGAAGGUCUUCUGAAACUCGAGGAAAUGGCUCCAUUUUGGAAGAACGCCCUUCUCUGGUUGGAUGAAGGCCGCAACGGGGUUGUCGGCGCUGCGAAUGAUCAGAUCCGCAAAGUCCUCGGCCACUCUGGGUUGAAGUGUGAGAAGACGGACUUCAAGCGAGGCCUGAGUGUGUUUGUGAGUCCAUCAAGCAUCGACAAACACGCGGACGAAAUCCUUGACUUCGUAGCAGAGGGCGGAGGCCUCCUGGUCGGUGGACAUGCCUGGUGGUGGGCACAGACGCACAAAGACCAAAGUCCUCUUGUAGAUUUUCCAGGAAACAAGGUUCUGAACCAAAUGGGCUUGAGCCUGUUGGGGUCAACACUGAAAGGAGGUAAAUUCAAAGCUCCGAAUCCCAGCCAGGCUCUGAAAGACAUGUAUCAUUUCCGCCACCACCUGCAUCGUUUUGCCUGCCAUGUAAAUGUGGGAGAAAAACUUACCAAGCACGAGGAGGAUUGCCUCAGAAAACUUUCCCAUGACUGCUCCACCUACUUGCGGAUGAAGGCGCAUGACUGCUCCUCCUAUACACAGGUGGUGUCCAUACUCACCGACCUCUUCAAAAAGUCAGGCAUGCCACAGGUAAGCGACAGCUGCCCUAUUAAGAAUGCAAAGGACCAAGUGCUCCUCCAUAUGGGCACAGAGUUGUAUAAGGUUUGCAAAAAUCCCGAUGAACUCCUGCCCUGCCUCAUCAAGGACAACCCACUGCUCCCAGUGGUCUAUAACUACAAGAUCACAGUUGAUGUCAACACGGCAGGUGGCGAGGAGUGGAUCAGUUCAGGUCUCUACCUUUCUCCUGGUAUGAAGACCUACAUAGCCAUACCAAAGGAGAUCGUCAAUAAGGGAUGGAAGAUUCAGAUAGGCUGUCAAACAGAUACUUUGAAAUCGAACGAGCUGAAAAGAGCACCAUCUGUUCACGAGCGGUUUCCUGUUUCCUCUGAGAUGAUGCUGGUGUGGAACCUCUGGGGGGGGCUCAUCUACCUGGUGGCCCCACCCAAAACACAAGUGCAGGGGGUAGAAGCCAUCGUGCAGAUGGCAGUACCUGCUCCGUACUACAAAUGUGGGGUGACGACGGCAGAGCAGUGGGCGCUGCUGCGCACAGCUCCGUCGCCCUGGGCAGAGCUGGAGUUUGAGAACAUCAUCCUCACUGUACCGUCAGAGGUCAUUCGCAGCCUGGACCGCCCCGAUAAGCUGCAGUUGCUGUGGGAUGAAAUCAUGAGGGGCAUCGCUGACCUGGCCGCCGUACCACACAAAUUUGUCCGCAAGGAGCGCUUUGUGGCCGAUGUGCAGAUUUCUCAUGGGUUCAUGCAUGCAGGUUAUCCUGUCAUGACACAUAAGUCCUCUGCAGCUGCGCUGGUCAACGUUGAAGGUGCCAGGACUAAAGGCAUGUGGGGCGCCAUCCAUGAGCUUGGUCACAACCAACAGAGAGGCUCUUGGGAGUUCCCGCCACACACCACGGAGGCCACGUGCAACUUGUGGUCAGUGUACGUGCACGAGGAGGUGCUGAAUCUCAAACGGGAAAAGGUUCAUAAUGCUGUGAAGCCAGAAAAUCGAAGCAAGCGAAUAGAGGGGUAUGUUAAAGGGGGCCGGAAACUGAGCGACUGGUCGAUGUGGACAGCCCUGGAGACGUAUUUGCAGCUCCAGGGCCAGUUUGGCUGGGACGCCUUCAAAAAGGUGUUUGCUGCCUACCAAAAAAUGACCAAUAUUCCAAAGGAUAAGCACGCAAAAAUGAACCUGUAUGCAGAGACCUUCUCGCAGACUGUGGGGAUGAAUCUGUGUGGAUUCUUCCAGGCCUGGGGCUGGCCCAUCGAGGCAGACACUGAGCAGAAACUCUCCAACCUGCCUCCCUGGAGCGACCACCCACUGGUCCGAUUCGGUUGAAGUGGCUUUCAUGAGACUGUUACAUGGACUAUGAAACAGGAAAUUCCCUUUAAUGCCUUUACCAUAGUUUUGUUGGUGGUGCACUUUACCUGUAUUUAUUUACAACAUUCAGAGAUACACACUACAUGCUUUACCUACUGAGCGAUUAAUUGAUCCUCAUUGCACUUCUUAUUCUGCUUCCUGCUCAGCCUUUACCAGGUCUUUAUUUAAAAAUCAGCACACUCAGUGAAACAUAAAUAAUCCUGAAACUGAAUUUCAUACGUCAUUGCCAUGGCAUGUAUAUGCUGCAAUCAAGGAAAAAAAAAACUCAGCUAAUGAAGCCUCUGCCUGUAGUACUGUCAUGCAAAAAAGAAACUUUUAAAAUAAAAAUUAUGCAUUUACAUCUUACAACCUGUAAUGCAUUGAUGCAAUUGUGACACUGUGCUCGAAUGACUGUCAUUGCUGGAAUAUUUGCUUCACACUGAAUUUUUUUCUUGAAUUAUUUUGAAAAGGGAAAACAAAACACAACAAUCUUGCUAAUUAUUCAGGUCGACCAGUUAUUUUUGAAAUGUAAUUAUUAGUUGUUGUUGUUCUGUUCAUAAUUAGUUUUUUGUUGUUUUUUUGGGUGCAAUGUGGGCAUUUCUUUGGUUUUACCGGGGAAGCUUUAAAUUUUUAAUCUUCCAAAUGUUAUCAUUAUAAAGACAAAAACAUUUUCCAGUGUAUAUUAUUAAAUACUGUCAAAGUAAAUAUUCACUCAGCUGUCUGCCUGUUAUUAUUUCCAUUUGUGGGUGACUCCAAAGGCAAAUAAAGGUGUACUCAGAGUGACUGACAUGAGUAAACUGAUCUCCCCGUCACACGUGUCCUCAUGCACUUAGCUUUACUGCUGUCCACAGUGAAAAUAUCCCCGGUUGAUUUUGUAUAUUCUCUCUGUUUUCUCUGAGCACUGAAGUUUUCUUCCCAUGCUGCAAACGCAAACAUUUGAUAUUGCUCAAGUGUUAAUUUUUCUGGUGGCUUUUUUCCUUUCCUCCGCCUAUCUAUAUUUUCUCCACAUUAUGUUCUUCAAACUGGCUCAUUUGUUGUUUGACUCUCAAUGACAAUGAUUGAUUUGAUGAGAGGAUUAAAAACAACAGGCGGUAACAUUUAUACAUACUGAAGGAGCUGUAGUUGACAAAUUCAAGGUUGAUUAAAGACUGAAGUUACAUCAAUGACAGCAGAAUGCAAAGACUUCCUGUUCAGUUUCAACAAUAAUUCAGUGUGUCAGCCCAAUUACUUUAUUAUAUGUUGUAUAAUUAAAAAAAAUA